UUUUUUAGGAAUAUCCCGUGGAAUUGUGGGAUAGCAAUGGCGGCUUCUGUCUUUGUAAACAAAAAACGCAUAAUUUACAAAAGAUAAUAGCUAAUGGUUUGAAUCAUUUCAAGUGGGUGGCACAGUUUUCGUACUUACAUGAAUGUUAUUUUCCUAAUAACUCCAGUUGUUAAUGUUAUUGAAGAUCGUUUUUUGAUUUACAAUAAAUACAUGUGGCAGGUUUAGCUAGCUCGCUAAAAAAAUACUAGCUAGUGUAAGCGUCUUGAUAGACUCACCACCUAUUGUUAAAGACAGUUGUUUGAGACCAUGGAGGAUGAUGCGUCACUGCAUCGACUGGAGGGCAGUGACCCCACUGCGCAGGUUGGCGGGCUGAUUGUGAAGAAGAAGAGUGCAGCAGUAGAGCCUCAUGUCUUUCGUGCACCCACUCCACGCACCUCUCUCCUGGGCCUGGAUCUGCUGGCAGCUCAAAAGAGAAAAGAGCGUGAGGGCAAGGAGCAGGCUGAGGCUGACAGUGAUGACAGGAAUAACAAGAAAUCCAAGGUAUCCUCCUACAAGGAUUGGGAGGAAGGGAAAAGUGAUUCUGGAUCUGAUGAAGAAGACAAAGACGAGGAGGAUCAAGGUGGUAAAAAAGAGAGUAGCAGGAAGUACCGUGUAACUGGCUCAGAGACACCCUCUAACCCUGGAGGUGUCAGUGAAGAGUUCCGGCGCAAACACCAGCAGAGGGAGAAAGACCGGCGUGAGCAUGGAAUGUACGCCUCCUCCAAAGAGGACAAGAACAGAGAGAGGGAGAAGGACAGAGAGAGGAUCAGAGAUACGGACAGAGAUCGAAGGGGUGAAAGAGAUGAGCGGGAGCGCAGUAACAGCCGCGGCGGUGGCAGCAGCCGGUCGGAGCGUGGAGACCGCAGUGAGAGGAGUGAGCGCUCACAGAGAGAAGGCUGGUCCUCCGAACGCAUCAGCCGGGGGAGCAAGAGAGAGGAGCCUCCAACGCCUCAGACACGCCCCAAAGAUGGCACUCCCUCGCGCACCAGCUGGGAUGAGGAUGACAGCGGCUAUGCCAGCUCACGCCGUUCCCACUGGGAAUCUCCCUCUCCUGCCCCUUCACACAAGGAUUCUGACAAGUCUGAACGGUCGGAGCGCAGCCCCCGCUCUGGACGGGAGAGUGAGAGGAAGGACAAGUCAGUCAGAGGCCGGUAUCCUGAUGACACGCCCCUUCCCACCCCAUCAUACAAGUACAACGAAUGGGCCAAUGACAGGAAGCACUUGGGCUCCACUCCUCGUCUGUCCCGUGGGAAAGGUAAGAAUGAAGGAGAGGAUGGCAUCGCCUUUGAUAAUGAUGAUGAGAAGCAGCAGUGGGAGGAGGACCAGAAGCAAGCGGACAGAGACUGGUACAUGAUGGACGAAGGCUAUGACGAGUUCCACAACCCACUGACCUCCACCUCUGAAGAUUAUGUGAAGAAGAGAGAGCAGAUCCUGCAGAAGCAGACACAGAAACGCAUCUCUGCCCAGAGACGACAGAUCAAUGAGGAUAAUGAGCGCUGGGAGACUAACCGCAUGCUGACCAGUGGAGUGGUCCAGAGGCUGGAGGUGGAUGAUGACUUUGAGGAGGACAACGCUGCCAAGGUCCACCUGCUGGUUCACAACCUGGUCCCUCCCUUCCUGGACGGGAGGAUAGUCUUCACCAAGCAGCAUCUCCAGACCUGUCACUCUAUGGAGCAUUUGUGCGUUUCGAGAAAAUAUGUGUCUGCUAGAUUAUUCAAUAACCUCCCCCGUCGGUGUCGCUCUCACUCCAUCUCUCCCUCUCUCCUCCUCUGUCCAUCCAGGCUGUACACCCAGAGCGCCUUCAAGAAUGAGAUGUUAACCACCACCAUCCCAGAGAUYCAGCGGACCAACCUGGCCAACGUGGUGCUGCUGCUAAAAUCCCUGGGGGUCCAGGACCUGCUGCUCUUCCACUUCAUGGACCCCCCGCCUGAGGACAACAUGCUGAACUCCAUGUACCAGCUGUGGAUCCUGGGGGCCCUGGACAACACAGGUUCCCUGACGCCCACUGGGAGGCUGAUGGUGGAGUUCCCUCUGGACCCGGCUCUGUCCAAGAUGCUGAUCGUAUCAUGUGACAUGGGCUGCAGUGCUGACAUCCUCAUCAUCGUCUCCAUGCUGUCUGUACCGGCCAUCUUCUACAGGCCUAAGGGUCGUGAGGAGGAGAGUGACCAGGUGAGGGAGAAGUUCUCGGUCCCAGAGAGUGACCACCUGACCUACCUGAACGUCUACCUGCAGUGGAAGAACAACAACUACUCCAGCAUCUGGUGCAACGAACACUUCAUCCACACCAAGGCCAUGCGAAAGGUGCGCGAGGUCCGCUCCCAGCUCAAAGACAUCAUGGUGCAGCAGAGGAUGAACCUGGUGUCCUGUGGCUCAGACUGGGACAUCAUCAGGAAGUGUAUCUGUGCUGCCUACUUCCACCAGGCAGCCAAGCUGAAGGGCAUAGGGGAGUAUGUGAACGUGAGGACAGGCAUGCCGUGUCACCUCCACCCCACCAGCUCUCUGUUUGGCAUGGGCUACACCCCAGACUACAUCACCUACCACGAGCUGGUCAUGACCACCAAGGAGUACAUGCAGUGUGUGACUGCGGUGGAUGGGGAGUGGCUGGCUGAGCUGGGGCCCAUGUUCUACAGUGUCAAACAGGCAGGGAAGAGCAGGAUGGAGAACCGGCGGCGGGCCAAGGAGGAGAUCACUAACAUGGAGGAGGAGAUGUCUCUGGCGGAGCAGCAACUGAGGAGCAGGAGAGAGGAUCAGGACAGGAAAAGUAAUGUGGGCAGCGUCAGGGCUGUGAAAAUCUGCACCCCGGGAAGGAAGGAGGAGGCACCCAUGACCCCAAAGCGCACCCCAGCUCGUUUUGGGCUCUAGAUCUUCUCUGUUAAGACUUAAACACUUGACCUCACCACUAAAUAUCACCURUAUGUGUACCAUACCAUCACUGGAUGAGCCUUGCUGAGAGGGCUUGGAAAACUGUCCCCUCCUAUUGUUCAGUACCAGCUGCAGUUCAGAUAGAGGCCAGCAGAGGUAGAACUUGUAUAAGGCAUGAGGCUCCCGUAACAGACCUUUUCUGUCAGCAAAUCCACAUAGCGUCC